AUCAGGAUGUGAUUGUAAGGGUCCCGUGAAGUUUCACCUCGGUUCAACCGGACGGCCGCCACUAUCAUCAGAUUGCACGACUUCCAAAUUCCUCCACAAACAACAUCACGACAAUGAUCCUAAAACAUGAUGGUUUCGACGACGUCGCACUGCCGAAAUCUUAUAUUAUGACUGUGAAUCUUGGCUUACUGAGCUUCCUAUACGACUUCAGAACAACUUCCUCAGGUCGUGAAUUCAAAAGACAUGUAAGGUUACCAAUAUUGAGGAACCAUCCGCGGGAUGUGCUUGCGCGCAGAGGCUUCAUGGCUUUUCAUUGUGUCAAUUGCCGCAUUUGCGUUAUUUCAAUGGCAUGUAAGUUCAGGAGGUAACCAGUGGAUUGUUUAUAUAUCUGGCCGAGUUUCCACACCAGCAGUAUUUGGUGAAGAGCGUCUUUCUAACCCUUCAGCUUAAUUUACUUACCCCUCGGUUAAACAAGAUGGCAGAUAAUAAACCAACCCUCCAUCAUAUGGAUGUAAGUCCGCUUCUUUCCUCUGGUGUCUAGCCUCUAACCUGAAACUAGAACUCCCAAUCUCAACGCAUCCUCUGGCUUCUCGAAGAAUUGGGUGUUGAAUACAAUGUAGUUCACCAUUUCCGCAAAGCUGCCGAUGAUCCAGUUGCUCCUUUCCGAUCUCCUGAAUCCAUCAAAGCCCUCGGUCCACAUGGCAAAGCCCCAAUUCUCACAACUGGCGCCGCAGAUGGCAAUCGAUAUAUUCCCGAGAGCGAUGCUAUCUGUACAUACCUUCUUCGAAAGUUCGAUACUGAGGAUAAAUUCGGCUUGCAUAGUGGUGAUUGGAUCAGAGACGAAAUUCUCAAUUCAUUCAACCUUACGACAUUCGUACGAUCGGUUUAUUUUAUCCUUUUCAUUGAUUUUGACCUCAUAAGAAACGGAGUUGUGGAUUAUUUUGAUGGACCUGAGAUAAGAGAAAUUCUCACCAUUUUGGAUGGAGAAUUGAAGAAUGCACCAGAAGGUGGCUACUUCAUGGGGAAAAAUCCAGGUAGAGCCGAUAUUAUGAUGGAGUUUCCUAUGAGUUUCGUAAAACAUAGGAAUUGGAUUGAUCUUGAGAAGGAAUUCCCUAAAUUAGAUGAGUGGUUGAAGAGGGUUUAUGAUAGACCUGCUUGGAAGAGAGGUUUGGAAAAGGGUAAUGGUUUUUAUGAUCUCAAUGUCUUUCCAAAAAGAGCUGUGAUAUCAUGAUUGGUUCAUUUACUUUUGUAUUUCAGUCAUCCUGGUACGACUCACUUGCCUGGGAUUAUCAGAGGCAGGAUAAUGUUUCAAAACUAUUUCUCUAGCCAUGUGAGGCUUUCUUUGCUUUACAAUGUGCAAUGAAUCUGCGUUUAAAAU